AUGGACGGGCAACCUCCUUCCAAUGAACAAAAGGAAACUAGGUUGGUGGAUAGUGAACAUACUUCUCUAAAAGCUCAACUGGAACAAAUGUUUGCACCUUUCGAUAAAUCUGGCCUUGGAAGAAUUGCUUCUAAAGACCUUUUCAAGAUAAUUGAGGCUUUUGAAUCUGAACAAAAAACUACUCUAUUGAAAGAUGAAGGACGACUCACUCUUCAAAUGUUCUGUGAACAAAAUCCUGAUAUGGAAGUUUCUGUUGAAGAUGUUCUUCAACUAGUGACUAGGCUUCAAGCUCCUCCACUAACCUCUAAUGCUGUUUCGGAACAGCCAACCAGAAAUAGUAAGAUCAAAUUAGGUUCUAUACGAUCUGCUUGGCGUCCUUCACCACGUACUCAUAAAAGUAGAGAAGGCUUAUCAUCAGCUUCUACUGAAAUAGAUGGGGAAGAAUCGUAUGGCUUUUCGAGUAUUAAUGCGACUACUCGUUCCAAAAGAAUGUCAUCAUAUGAUUCUCCCAGCGGCGUGCUGGGUCAUAGUUUCUCAAGAUUACAUUAUGAUACAUCCGAAGAUCAUGAAAUGUCAUUCGAGGGAAGUGGCGGAUUUGAUGAGACGGUUUCUCAACUAAUACCUACGAACGAUGAUCCUGCUGUCCAACUCAGCAGACUAUACCGUCACACUGUUGAUCUUACGAAACGACUUAAAGAGUCAGAACGCCAUUUAGCUUCAGUUGCUCGUCAACACGAGGACCGUAUUGAAGAACUUCAGCAUAAGCUAGAAGAUACAAAGGCGGAUCUCGCGCAAAAAAAACCUAUAUUUCAGCUUGAAGGUGAAAUUCAGAUAAUAGCGAAGAAUUUAUCUGGUCAAAUGCAAUUAUAUCAUCAAUUAAAAAGACAAUACGAAGAACAACGCGAGGAGGCGGAGAAACUCAAAGAUCUUGUAAAGAUCAAAGAGGAGGAAUUACUUAAUACACAACGAAAUCUCAAUGUCAUGUCAUCCGAAGAAAAAAAAUGGUACGAUGAACGUGAGCGUUUGGAACAUGCAUAUCGUAAAUUGGAGCAAGAUAUGGCAUCUGCGCAAGCUUCAGAAAUUGAACUUGAAGAGCAAAGAAAUGAAAAUAUGCAUCUUAAAGAGACAAUUGACAAAUUGAAACUUGAUUUGGAUGAAAUACGGAGCGGAAGACUUACUGAAUUUGAUGAGGACGAAGUUGGUUCUGGAAAGAAUUUGCGUGCUGAAUUGCAUGACAUUGCUCUUGCUUCAAUAUCCGAAGAACAACAACAAGGUUCUGAUUCAAACACAGAUGAACUUAGACGAUCAAACAAGGAACCUCGACAACGUAAAUCUAAUGACGAUGAAUCUUCAUACUCGCGACCCGGUGAAAUGGAGAAAUACAGAGGCGCCGAUGAUCACGUUCGAAGACCAAACAAUCAAAGAUCAGUUCGCCGACAAGUAACAGAUGCAAACAAUUCUCCACGUAAUUCUACGGGCGGUAGAGAUGUUGAAUCACAAUAUCAAAUACUAUCAUCUGAACUUGGUGUACAAUAUGCCCUGAUUGAAGGGAUUUUAAGGAAUCGAGAUUUACCUUCUCCACACGACAGGCGAGAUCGACAGAUACGUAACAGUAUGGAUGGUGAUAGUGCAGAUUUAACAAGAAGAUUAUCGCGUCAAGGGUCUCGCAAAAAUAGACGGAAAGCGAAUCAUGUGUCAGAAAUUGAGUUGCAACCUUCAGAAAGAACUGAUAAUCAAAAUGCUCAAGCAUCCAGAGCACUUGUCCCACGAAAUAAUGAUAUGAACGUCGCUCAACGUAAUGCCAUGGUCAACAAUACUGUGACCAUUGCAUUAUAUACCUUAGUUAUCUACUUUUUCGGUAUCAUUACAUCUGUGUUUGUUCUCGAUAAUAACACAGGUCAAAGCCCUUAUAGUGAUUGGUUACCUUAUGAAGUUGUUAAGGAUGAAAGUUGGACUGCACGUUCAAUGGAAAUCAUUUUAUAUUGGGUUGAAAACCUACUAAACGAUGGAAAUAUGCGAGUUCCUAC